AUGGUAUUGCUACGAUACAUCCAUGGAUUCAUCUUUCUGAUCGUUUACUAUGAUUUAAACAUUUGCAGUGUUCAUUCUACACAAUAUAUUAUCCUUAUUUAUAGUAUUUGUUUGUAGUACAUUUUAUCUUGUCUGAAGACGAUUUAAAAACCUAUUUUUUGUGAUCUAAAAUAGCAAUUAUUUGAGGAAUUGGAUUCACAAGAACCAUAGUGUCCAGCAAGUGAGGAAAAGACUUCAAUGACGUCGGUGUAGUCGGCUUGUCGUCUGCGAAGUAUUCCGGCCUAGGCUGUUGGUCGAUGUUGGUGUCUGUGCUAGUUAUGUAUGUCACACAUGGCUCCCAUCAAACUUGCACGGUUUGCUUCGAGCGUCGUGACAAGUCAACAUUUUUAGCUGCAUUAGUGUUGAACAUAAAGCCACCAUGACCACCUCCUCAGAAGAUGUGCUUUUGCAAGUUGGUGAAGUCAGAUAUAAAAAAGGGGAUGGAACUUUGUAUGUAAUGAGUGAAAGGCUGGGAUGGAUGAUGGAUCACAGGGAUUCAAUGUCUGUUAGCCACAGAUACACUGACAUAAAGAUGCAGAAGAUCUCGCCGGAGGGCAAGCCCAAGAUCCAGCUGCAGGUGGUGAUGCACGACGGGCAGACGUCGACGUUCCACUUCGUGAACCGGCAGGGCACGGCCGCACAGCUCAAGGACCGGGACGACGUCAAGGAGACGCUGCAGCAGCUGCUGCUGAAGUUCAAGAGGGAGGUGAACAAGGAGCUAGAGGAGAAGAACAGGUUGCUCUCGGAGAAUCCGUCACUCCUGCAACUUUAUCGGGACCUGGUCAUCACGCAGGUCAUAUCCGCGGAGGAGUUCUGGACCCAGCACGCCAACCAGUACACGCAGAAGCAACAGGCGCAGAAACAAGACGUCGGAGUGUCCGGGGCUUUCUUGGCGGACAUCAAGCCCCAGACAGACGGCUGCAACGGCCUGGUAUACAACCUGACGGCCGACAUCAUAGAGUGCAUCUUCAAGACGUACCCCGCGGUGCGCCGGAAACACUUGGAGCACGUGCCUCACAAGCUGUCAGAGUCCGAGUUCUGGACCAAGUUCUUCCAGUCCCAUUACUUCCACCGCGACCGCAUCAAUGCCGGCACCAAAGACUUGUUCACCGAGUGCGCCAAGCUGGAUGAGCAAGAAAUGAGGCGAGACAUCAGUGCAGGCAUAGACGAUCCUCUGGUGGACAUUGGCUCGUUCGAAGACAGGUCGCUGGAUGAGGGCUAUGGCACGGGGGCAGACAAGCUGUCGAUCUCGCAGAGUGGCAACAUAGUUCACCAGAACAUGAUCAAGAGGUUCAACCAGCACUCCAUCAUGGUGCUGAAGGCCUGCCAGCAGAACAAGUCGAGCCUGGUCAACUCCACAGCCACGGACCAGAAGACGAAGUCCCCUCCCAACAAGGACAAGCUGUCGCCAGCGCCCGCGGUGACGGUGAACGGCUCGGGCAGCGGCUUGCCCGACAGCUGCUACCACAAGACUAAGAAGAUGCGCAUACAAGAGAAGAUAAGCUAUGAAGAUUUAGAGUCUCCAGACAACUCGGAAACCACGUUACAGGGAGCACAGUUGAAUCUAUCCAAGGUGGAGCGUUACCUUCAUGGGCCAAUGCCAGGUGCAGCAGGGGACAGCAGCAGCUCCUCGGAGCUGAUGGGCACCCUGCAGCGGCUGCAGCAUGAGAGUCUGUCCUGGGUCAGCCCAGGGGGCCACCUGCCGCGCCAGUCGUCGUCCGUGCUGGUGAACCCUGCGGCCGCCGUCAGCGCGCUGGGGGAGCUCACCCCGGGCGGGGCCCUCAUGCGGGGCUUGCACGAGGAGACCCUUGCGCAGAUGGUGCCGGCCGACCUGGAGAAGGAGCUGGGCAACCUGUACGUGUCCCUGUGCGAGCUGCUGCGGCACUUCUGGGCCUGCUUCCCGCCCACGUCGCCCGGCCUCGAGGAGAAGGCCGUCCACAUGCACGAGGCCCUGCGGCGCUUCCAGUCCGCCCGCUUCAAGUCCUUCGAGGACCGGAUACUGCGGGAGUACUCGCAGCUCAGCCAGCACCUGACUAGUCAUCUCAACCAAAUCCUGAACGCCGCGUUCCACAAGUUCGCCACGUGGCAGCAGCGCCGUGCGCAGCAGGCCAUCAGGUAGCGGCUGUGUUGGUCUGCCCGGGCUGCCCAGGAUCCUGGUCGGACCGCUCCGCCAGGGACUGCGCCCCGCUCGGUGGACGCCUGUGCUGCCGUCGGACGGACGGAACUCUGCCCCACCCCUGCUACCUCCUCGAGUUCCUUUCCCGCGUCAAUCUGGUUGCUCGUUCGACGCCAAACUGAUCCCUUUCAUCACAAGUUUUUUGUAAGCCGACGUGCCAAGUUCAAAUUCAAAGUAACAUUUAGUAGAUUUGUGCGUAGUUUUUCAGGGCUGUUUUAUUUUGAGAAUCUGGAGGCUGCACUAAAAACUUUCUUGUGUUCGAGCAAUAUAAUUUAUGUCGAUUUUGUUGUAGUCUGAACAGGAUUGUGUUGCAGUAUUUAAUGCACUUUGUAAGAUGAGUGUUAUUGGUCAGUAAAGAUUUGUUAUUUUA